UGGUUUGCAAUGAAAACACAACAUCAGCUAAGAAUCGUACAUUCUACUGGCCAAUGACAAAAGUAGGAACAAAUGUGACCAUCCCAUGUGGUGCAAAUACAUCAAGAAGACAUUGCUUGGCGAUAGACGUAGAAAUGCAAAAGUGUUCCCCAUUUACUGGUGUCUGGCAAGAAUCGGACAUGUCACAGUGUUACACUUCAGGGGACAUCACUGAAAAACCAAAUGAGCCUACACGCUGGACAAAUUCCUUUCUAUUGCAUCUGACUUACAAUUCAACAUUUAAGAAUAUCAAAGAAGAUAUAAAAACUGCUGAAAACGUAUCUAGAGCUUUGGAGUAUGAAUUAUCAAACUUGAGAGGAACGUGUGAAGUUGAAUAUUGUGGGUAAGUAAAAUGGC